UUAUAAUUAUUACAUACUCCAUUUCUCUUGUCUGUUUUAAAUGUUUUCGUUUCCCCAACAAACCAAAACGACAGAAGAAGAGACAUCAUCGGCGAUGUCGCAGGGCGGCGGCGGAGGUAUGGAGUUCAAUUUGCCGGAGGAGAUUCUGGCCGUCAUACCGACGGACCCGUACGAGCAGUUGGAUCUGGCGCGCAAGAUAACGUCGAUGGCAAUCGCAUCGAGAGUGUCGAAGAUGGAGGCCGAGAUGGGGAGGAUGAGGGCAAAAAUGUACGAAAAAGAUCGUGUUAUUUACGAUUUGGAAGAGAAACUCUCCAGAUUGCAGCAAGCGAAUCACGAUGCUGAGUCCAGAUUAAAGAUUACUCUUGAUGAAAAUAUUAAGCUUUCAAAGGAGCGAGAUUCAUUGGCGAUGACUGCAAAGAAACUUAGCCGUGAUUUAUCUAAGUUGGAGACUUUUAAGCGGCAACUGAUGCAGUCACUAAGUGAUGACAAUGCAUCUCAAGCUGAAACAGUUGAUAUUCGGACUUGUGACCAGGCAGUCCCUAAAGCCUAUCCUGAAAAGGAUGAGGGGAUGAACGGCUACGCAUCACUUCGCUCUUCAAGUGGUUCAAUUGACACGGGAAGCACAAUUGAUGAAGCCACAAGACAUGCUGGGCAAAGAUUUUCUAUAACGCCAUAUAUCACACCACGGCUUACUCCUACUGGAACUCCAAAAAUUAUAUCUACAACUGGAUCCCCUAGGGGUUAUUCUGCUGCUGGUUCUCCCCAAAGAACCUCUGGUGCAACAUCUCCGACAAAGCUUCAAUCUGAUGGGCGUACUUCGCUCUCCUCAUGGUAUCCAUCAAGCCAGCAGUCAUCUGCUGCUAAUUCUCCUCCUCGUGGGCGUUCACUGCCAGGACGGACUCCUCGAAUUGAUGGAAAGGAAUUCUUUCGUCAAGCCAGGAGUCGCCUUUCCUAUGAACAGUUCAGUGCAUUUUUGGCUAACAUCAAAGAGCUAAAUGCUCAGAAGCAAACGCGAGAGGAAACUUUAAGGAAGGCGGAAGAGAUUUUUGGGACAGAUAACAAAGAUCUGUUCCUAUCAUUUCAAGGAUUGCUAAAUCGCAACAUGCACUACUAGAUCUGGAAAAUUCUCUUUUUGAGAUUAUUCACGAUUACUGGUUGCUUGUCAAACUUGUUCUCAUUUGCUUUGAGCGGAUGGUUUUCAUUUGUUCCAUAGCAGAAGAUUUGCCAAUAUGGAUUCAAUCAGCUUCUGUUUCAGCGAAUUAGAGUAGGUAGUUUUGGUCUUAACCGUACCUCAUUCAUGCAGGAAUGCUGUGUAAAUAAUUGCUCUGCUUUUUAGAAUCUCCUAUCUGCUGUUUAAAGUGUAUUGAAAUUGAUUUUGACAUCAAACUGCACAUAAUGAGGUAAUUGCUUAAAUGCAACAGAUAUAACUCUCUCUCUCUUCCUUUCUCUCCUCUCAAGGUUUGAUGCUUUAUUUA